GUCCGUCCGGCCAGUCCGGAGCUUUGUUGAUAGUCGGAGCUGCGGCUGAACUUUGCCUCAUUGGCCCGUGUUUGGUCGACAUCCCCCGGGGUCGCCUCGGGGGAAAAUCUGCAUGUCCUUCAGCGUGUCGUCCGCCUUGGCGCUGGAGUUGAGGUGUUUACAAGAAAUUGUGUCAAGUCAAAUCAAGGUGAACGUCUGCUUUGAGCUGCGGACGCAUAAAAUGCUCAUUCACUUCAUGCUCUCUGAGCUGAGAGGACUGUAGAGCUUCUGUUGGUCCAACCAGGGAAACACCAUGACAGGUGACUCAGUGGUCUGGAGGGGUCUGGCCUGGAUGAAGCAGGCGGCCAGCAGAGCCCCACCAGGCGGCCUCCCCUCCUCCGGGAACCAGAGGCUGCUGGCAAACUUCCAUCACGCUGCCGGAUCAGCAAGGGAGACGUUCGACAAACAGCAGCCAGUCUGCGUCCACAGAGCCUCAGCAGCACAGUUUCACAGAUAUUCGACCAUGGGAGCUGGUUUCAGCGCCUGUUUCACUGGAAGUGUAAAUAGCGGCGGUCAGGGGACGUGCAGCGGGAGAACCGGUACGAAGCGGCUCAAGUCGAGCCAGCUGUUUUCUGCACAAACAAGGCUGUUCAACCAGGACAACUCCACAGUGGGGCGGCUGACAUCGGAGGACAUUGAUAAAGCAAGAAACACUAAGAAAACAGACGUCAAGCAACAUAAGCAAGUGCUCAGUGAAAGAGCCAGAGAGAGGAAGGUGCCAGUCACACGGAUAGGAAGACUGGUGAAUUUUGGAGGUCUGGCGGUUGGACUCGGCAUCGGAGCGAUCGCUGAAGUGGCCAAGAAGAGUUUCAAACCUCAAGAAGGUGUUAAAAAAUCCAUACUGGAUUCAAGUGCCUUCCUGUCUGAAGCCAACGCUGAAAGAAUCGUCCGGACGCUCUGCAAAGUUCGAGGCGCCGCACUGAAACUUGGACAGAUGCUCAGUAUUCAAGAUGACGCCUUUAUCAACCCCCAGUUGGCCAAAAUCUUCGAGCGUGUUCGACAGAGUGCAGACUUCAUGCCCACUAAACAGAUGAUGAAAGCCAUCAGCAGUGACCUCGGCCCAAACUGGAGGGACAAACUGGAGUACUUUGAGGAGAAGCCGUUUGCAGCCGCGUCGAUCGGUCAGGUGCAUUUAGCGAGGCUGAAGGAUGGCAGAGAGGUCGCCAUGAAGAUUCAGUACCCUGGAGUUGCCAAGAGUAUUGACAGUGACGUGAAUAAUAUCAUGACCGCUCUGAGUUUAAGCAACGCGCUGCCUGAAGGUCUGUUUCCUGAGCACCUUAUUGAGGUCAUGAGCCGUGAGCUGGCGCUUGAGUGUGAUUACAUAAGAGAGGCGAAAUGUGCCAAAAAAUUCCAAGAGCUGCUGAAGGAUCACCCGUUCUUCUAUGUUCCCGACGUGAUUGACGAGCUGAGCAGCCAGCACGUCCUCACCACGACGCUGGUUCCAGGUUUCCCUCUGGACCAGGCCACUGACCUCUCUCAGGAACUCAGGAAUGAGAUUUGUGAGCAAAUCUUGAUAUUAUGCUUGAGGGAGCUUUUUGAGUUCAGAUACAUGCAGACUGAUCCGAACUGGUCCAACUUCUUCUUUGAUCCACAAGCUCACAAGGUCGCACUGUUAGAUUUUGGAGCAACACGUGGAUUUGAUAAGAGCUUCACUGAUACAUACAUUGAGAUUAUUAAUUCAGCUGCAAAUCAGAACAGAGAAGGCGUCCUGCAGAGAUCCAGAGACAUGAAGUUCCUCACAGGAUUCGAGUCAAAGGCGAUGGAGAACGCCCACGUCGAUGCGGUGAUGAUCCUCGGUGAGGCCUUCUCCUCCGAGGAGCCCUUCAACUUCGGAGCGCAGAGCACCACCGAGCGCAUCCACAGCCUCAUCCCCGUGAUGCUGAGAGAGCGACUCACGCCGCCUCCCGAGGAGACUUACUCCCUCCACCGCAAGAUGGGCGGCUCCUUUCUCAUCUGCUCCAAACUCAAAGCUAAAAUUCCCUGCAAAAACAUGUUCCAGAAAGCUUACGCCAACUACUGGAAGGACGGACGCCCCGAGUCGACGCACUAGCUGAAGACUUGUGUUGCCGAAGCAUGUUAGAACUGGGAUUUUCUUGCAUUGUUUGUGGUAUGUUGAACAAUUUAACUUACACAUUCUUACCUGUGAAGAUACAUAAGGGCAACUUUGACCAUAUAAUGACCUGAUGUUACCUAGUUCUGUGUUUUUACAGCAUUCUGCACUACUGACUAAUCGUUAAGUAACUUAUCAGUACACAAAAUCUUUGAGAAUAAUGUCUGCCAAUCAAGAACCAUUUGUGUGCUUUAUAUUCCAUCACUCGUCUUGACCAGGACUCACAUCCAGACUAACAUGCGCAUUGCUUUUCAAGAUAAUGAGUGAAGGUUAUUUGUACGUAUUGUUUGAAUUUAUUUGUUGUGCAAACCUGUACAAUUAUGUGCCUGUAAUGGUUUGAGGGACUGUAUUCCAUCAGACUAGGAUUGUCAGAUUAAUAAAUUGAUAUUGAUGCUGCAAAAAAAAUCAACUAAAUGUGUUAAACUCAGCACCAAAGUUUAUAGACUGAGUGUAUUUCUUCAAAUGAAAAUGCAGAUUAUUAUUAUUAUUAUUUAACUGUAGAACAAAGGGCUCAAGAAAAUAUUUGAAAUAUUUCAGUGAAGUUUGUUAAUUAGAAAACUUUGGAUGUGCUGAGAAUAUUAUCAACCCGUCCCAAAUAUUUCGUGUCUAGUCGUAUGAAACUUUAAUUUACGCAUGUACAAAACAUAAGUGAUUGUUUGACAGUUCAGAUCUGUGCAGAGAAGGAUGACUUUCUAUUAAAUGUUUAAAUAAGGGCUACACCAGUAUAUUGAAAUAUGAGACAGGGAGGUAUUUGUUACUUUUGGAUACUGUAUUUGUACCUACAUCUCCAGUAAUAAAAAUACUUUUGAAGACAAA